AUCUUGUAAGAGAUUCUGGUGUUUCAUCUUGUAAGAGAUUCUGGUGUUUCAUCAUGAUUUGAGUACAUCCAUACAUGAAAUCCAAAGAUUAUCACUGAAAAUGAAAAAAGGGAAAGUAAAAAACAACAAACAAGGAGGAGGACAUCCGCCGAAGCAACAAUCAGUUGAAGAGGAGGAGAUAAGGCCCAAGAAGAAUAUACAAAGACAUAGAGAUUGUCGGGAAAAUGAGAAGUGUGAAUUCAUUAGUCUUCAGAAACAGCAAGAACUGUUCAUGGAAUUUUGUGAGGAGAAAGGGAUUACUGAAGAGGGGAAAGCCUUUUGUGAAAAGCAUGAAGAAGAGGUAGAGGAACGAAGAAAAUUAUGUGAAACAUUCGGGAUGGUUUCUGAAGCUUUGGAAAAUGAAGCAAAGCAACACUCCGACGAGGAAAUUCAAAAGAUUCUGAAAAACUCUUCAAAGAACCCAUGGGCAACUUUGGAGGAGAACCUUGAAAGUGAAAUGAUUCAAACAGUGGGACUAGAGGGUGUCACUGCUGCAGGUUCAAGUAGUUUGGGAGCAAUGGGAACCCCAUUUGAGUGAGUGAGGGAGUUAAAGAGAAAAAGAGAGGAAGAAUUUGAUGGAGCCCGUCGGGGCAAGAGGCCUGCAACUGCUAGGAACUCUGUUGUCAGCCAACAAAGAUACACAAAUACAAAUGAGGAACUCAUGAUAGGGAAGCCUCCACCUCAUCAUGAGAUUGGACUAGGGAGCAAGCAAGAACUCGAUAGUUUACAUUAAUAUAUAUAAUCUAUAUAAAUAAAAUUUUUAAUAUAAU